AUGACUCUUCGAGCGGCGGCGCGCCGCCUGCAUUCGUUGAAGACUGUGCAGCCUUCGUUCACAGCACGCACAUUCAGCUCGACGUCGUCAAUAGCUAGCUUACCUCGAGAUGCCAAACCGCGGACAUUAAAAGAGAAUUCCCUACCCACACCCGAUCCCGGCCCAGAGUCGACCACUGCAGCGUUUCUGAAUGAUCGAACUCCCUAUAUGGUGCCUACAUAUGUCCGACCAAACCCUGUCUUCGUUAAGGGCCAAGGAUGCUAUCUAUGGGAUAUGGACAAUCGACGAUUUCUCGACCUCACAGCCGGUAUCGCAGUGAAUGCGCUCGGCCACUGCGACCCGGAAAUCGCAAAAGUGAUCUCGGAGCAGUCAGAAACGCUGAUCCAUGCCUCGAAUCUAUAUCACAACCCUUGGACAGGAGCACUCAGCAAGUCGUUGAUUGACUCGACUCUUGAGUCUGGCGCUAUGCGAGAUGCACAUCAGGUCUUCAUCUGUAAUUCAGGCACAGAGGCCAAUGAGGCUGCUAUCAAAUUCGCUCGCAAGGUGGGCAAGACUCUUGAUAGUACUGGCGAGAAACAUGAAUUCGUUUCUUUCUACGGCUCCUUCCACGGACGAACAAUGGGUGCACUUUCAGCUACACCAAACCCGAAGUAUCAAACACCCUUCUCUCCAAUGAUUCCAGGAUUCAAGUACGGCACAUACAACGAUAUCGAGCAGCUAGAGUCCCUAGUCACAGAUAAGACAUGCGGUGUUAUAAUUGAGCCAAUUCAAGGCGAAGGCGGUGUCAAUGUUGCCACACCCGAAUUCUUGAUUGCUCUGCGCGAACGAUGUGACCAAGUCGGAGCCGUGCUCAUCUACGACGAGAUCCAAUGCGGUCUAUCUCGCACAGGAACGCUCUGGGCGCAUGGAAAUCCCGCAUUUGCUCCUAAAGACGGCAGCAAAUCAGCUGCUCAUCCGGAUAUAAUGACAACAGCCAAAGCUCUCGGUAACGGUAUCCCCAUAGGCGCAACUAUCGUCACGGAGAAGGUUUCCUCGGCCAUCAAGACGGGCGAUCACGGCACCACGUUCGGUGGGAAUCCGCUCGCCUGUCGUGUGGCGCACCACAUUGUCGAUCGACUGGCGGCUUCGGAGCUCCAGAAUGGUGUAGAACUCAAGUCGUCGCAGUUCGUUUCUGGAUUCAAGGCUCUUCAAGAAAAGUACCCAGACAUCAUCUCUGAGAUCCGUGGUCUGGGUUUGAUUCUGGGUGUCCAGUUAUCCGAGAAGUACGCCUCCAAGGCCAAUGAUGUCUUGACCGCUGCACGACAGCGCGGUUUGUUGAUUAUCACUGCUGGUGACGGAUGUCUGCGCUUUGUGCCGUCGCUGAAUAUUACGGACGAGCAGAUCCAGACUGGUCUGAGGAUUCUGCGGGAGAGUUUUGAGGCUGUUUUUGCUGGUGAAGCAUAA